AUGGAGCAGGAACCUGUGGAGGAUGUACCCCAUUGCCAUCAUCAUCACCACCAUCUGCAGUACCAUACUCAUCAUCAUCACCGUGGUCCAUCUCACGAAGUCCCGAGGUCAAUGGGGGAACAUAACAAGGCUCAUUACAAUAAUGCUCCCCCAGCACUAUUUCGAUGGCCUUGGAUUAUUGAGCUGUGUAAUCAAAUAUCAAAGGAGCUACGAGCGAACAUAGACUGGAUUGGUAUCAAGCCACCAUCUUCAAGACCGACAAAACUGUUAGAUUACGCCUGCGGUGAUGGCGUCGCGUCUCGGGCACUCGCACCGUUCAUGUCUACAGUGAGAGGCAUGGAUAUAGCAUCAGGAAUGGUAGAGCAGUAUAACAAAAUGGCACUGAAAGCAGGCUAUACCUCGACGAAAAUGCGAGCUAUUCAGGCCGAUCUUAUCGAUCCCGAGUUGACGCCGUCUCCGGAAAUCGACACGCCAGGAUUCUUUGAUUUUGACGUGGUAGUCAUGUGCAUGGCUCUUCAUCAUAUCGAAGACCCGGAUAACAUGAUAUUGCAGCUCUCAAAACGGCUGAGACCGGGAGGAAUUUUACUUAUCAUUGACUGGGUGGUAAGUUCUGCGGGCAGUAGUGCUCAGACAGAAAAUCGAACGCUGGGAGCGAUUAGUAGAAUGGGGUUUCAAGAGACUGAAGUAAAGAGCUCAUAUGAUACGGCUGGACUUGAAGAUUGGGCGUGGAAAUUGACCUCGGCGCCGUCUCAAGUACCAAGAGAGAUUGGUGGUGAACAACAACUGUUUCUUGCUCGGGGAAAGAAGCCAUGUAGUUAG